UUUUAGGAGUGGUAAAUCCAUUGAGAAGAAUUUGACCUCCAUGCGGAAUAUGUCAAUAGCUAAAACGUCCAGGAACCCCUUUUCCAUGAAGAAUUUGAAGAGAUUGCAGACUCAACAACUAAAUGCUCUCUCGUUUGGAGUUCAUAACAAUAUUGACCACUCCAUGGGAUCUUCUUCCAAGAUGAGCUUCAAUAGAUCCAAUAGCGUAGGUGAUCUAGGCAGGAUCCAGCUGACAUCAGAAAAAGCUAGAAUUCUUGACCAAGAAAGCAACACUGGCACACUAAAUUCUAAGAAAGGAAAGCUUGAAAAGAGGAAAACUUUGACUGCUAAUAACUUAGAAGCUUUGAAUAUCCCUAGAAGUAGUAGUUUUAUGUCAAAGGAAGUCAAGAUGGAGAAAAUCAAGCACUCUCCCCUUGCUCGUCUUGAUAUAAGCCCUGCUCCUUCUACGAUCUUCGAGAAUGUUCAUAAGAACAAAUCCAGAAAGAUAAAGAGAAGUAAUAUUAUCAAGAAAAAGCAUCCGAUUAAGAUAAAUCCUGGCUCUUUUCAGAAGCACAAAUUAUUUUCCAAAAAUAGGAAUCUGGGAGAAGUAGCUCAAGGCAAACUCUCUCAGCUUAAGAAUAGAUUUACAAAAGCUCAAUCCAAGAUUGUUCAAAGGAGAAGGAAUAAGUCCACAAUGAGAAAUUAUGGGACUCUGGAAGGAAUCGGAGGGAAUAAAACAAGACGUUUCAAGUCACCCGAUGUCUCUAGGAACAACUUGCAUGCCUUUAGCCGGAAUACUACUAGUAGAAAUACGCCUAGUGUUUCGCCAGGUAUUCCUGAAAGCUCCUUCUUGUCUCAAAAGAAUAAUGGCAGGUACCUUGUGGCCUCUCCAGAUCCUUCUAGAUUCUUCAGAUCUCCCAUGCCUCAUGUAAAAACAAAGAAGGAGGAAGAGAAGCUGCCUAAUAUUAAAAGACUUUUACUUUAA